GCUCAUCCACAGCGCUCUGAGCAGGUAGAGCGAGCACAGGACACAGAGAGAGAGCGUGCAGGAGGAGGAAAGUGAAAGAAGGAGAGCGAAAGGGAGUCUGUCUCCUCACCUGAAGAUUACUUUGUCUCACACUUCAUUCACCCCGAGUGCUGGAAGGAGCAGCGAGGUAGAAGCUGAGUUCAUCAGGAGUUGCCAGCGCUUGCUCUCUGGUCUUUUUCUUUUCUUUUUUUUAAAUCCCCUCUUGCCUGGUUUUCCCUGCGCAGGGGGUCAGCUGGACUUUUCUCUGCAAGAAAAAACCCACAGUGGAAAGACUGAGAUAGAGAAACCAACACGUCGGGAGGGAAAGUGAGAAAAUUGCAGUAAAUCCCAGUGUCUGUGAAGGAAAAGAAGUUCAGAGAAGCUCCAAAAGACACCCUGAAGUCACCUAUCGGUUCAGGUUCACAUUUCGGACGGCGCCAUCUUAAGCUUGACAUCUUGAAACCAGGGACACGGCAGACUCAUAAGCAGCCACAAAGACGAGACCCAGGAAAUAGCUCCACUUGUCAAGAAAAAGGGAAAAGUCUUUUCAAAUACUACUCCGUGUUUCACGAUGGGAGACCGAGUGCAUCUUCCAGCAGUUGCGUGGACCUUGCUCCCCGUGGCUCUUGGCAUUUUGACCCUUCUGCCUCAUAGCCUUCUGGGUACGCCGGCAGAGGAGGAACAUGUAGGGAGCUCAGCACUGCUGCAACGGGCAAAGCGAAGCUGGGUGUGGAAUCAGUUCUUUGUCCUGGAGGAGUAUACUGGACUGGAACCACUUUAUAUUGGAAAGCUCCACUCAGACAUGGACAAAGGUGAUGGCUCCAUUAAGUACAUCCUCACGGGGGAAGGGGCGGGCACCACGUUCACCAUCGAUGACAGCACGGGGGACAUCCACGCAAUCCAGAGGCUGGACCGAGAGGUGAAGGCUCAGUACAUACUCCGUGCACAGGCCCGCAACCGCCUCACGGACAGGCCCCUAGAGCCCGAGUCCGAGUUCAUCGUCAAGAUCCAGGACAUCAACGACAACGAGCCGAGAUUUCUAGAUGGCCCAUACCAGGCGACUGUGCCUGAGAUGUCCAAAAUAGGAACAUCUGUGAUCCAGCUGACCGCUACAGAUGCUGACGACCCCACAUAUGGCAACAGCGCACGUGUGGUCUACAGCAUCCUGGAGGGCCAGCCUUAUUUCUCUGUAGAUGCCAAGACUGGCGUGGUCCGUGUGUCCCUGGCAGACAUGGACCGCGAGACCAGAGAAAACUACACUGUGGUCAUCCAGGCGAAGGACAUGGGCGGGCAGCUGGGGGGGCUAGCCGGCACCACUACUGUCAACAUCACGCUCAGCGACAUCAACGACAACCCGCCCAUGUUUGACCAAAGGCUGUACCAGAUGAGCAUUCCUGAGUCGGCUCCUGUGGGGUCGGUGGUGGGACGCAUCUGGGCGAAGGACAGGGACAUUGGGGUCAAUGCUGAGAUGAAGUACAGCAUCAUCGAUGGGGAUGGAAGGGACACCUUUGACAUCAGCACCGACCCUACAAACCUCUUUGGCAUCAUCACAGUGAAAAAGCCGCUAAACUUUGAGAUCAAGCCAAGCUACACUCUAAAGGUGGAGGGAGCCAACACCCACUUGGAUCCGGCCUUUCGCCACCGCGGGCCCUUCAAGGACGUCACCAUCGUGCACGUGAGCAUAGAGGACGUGGACGAGCCCCCGCUGUUCGACUCGCCGGCGUACUACGUCGAGCUGCCAGAGGACGCAGAGAUCGGGACUAUGGUGAAGACCGUGUCAGCGAGGGAUCCGGAUGCUGCCAACAACACUGUGAGGUACUCCAUCGACAGAUCCAGUGACCCCGACAAGUACUUCUACAUCGAAAUCACCUCCGGGUCACUGAUGACGGUGCGCUCGCUAGACCGAGAGGAAGUCGGCUGGCACAACAUCACCAUCCUCGCCAUGGAGAUGAAUAACCCCACACAGAUCGCAAGUGUGUCGGUGGCUGUGAGGGUCCUGGAUGUGAAUGAUAAUCCUCCGUCGCUGAUGCACUACCUGGAGGCGUAUGUGUGUGAAAAUGCCAAAGCAGGGCAGCUGAUCCAGACCGUGACAGCAGUAGAUCCAGACGAGCCGCUUGGUGGGCAGCACUUCUACUACAGCUUGGCUCCAGAGGCCGUCAACAACCCUAACUUCACCCUGAAAGAUAACCAAGACAACACAGCGUGGAUCCUGACUCGCCGUGGCGGUUGGUCACAGCAAGACCAGACCGUCUUCUAUUUGCCCAUUUUCAUCUCGGACAGUGAGCAGCCGGUUCAGAGUAGCACCAGCACGCUGACUAUACGUGUGUGUAGCUGCGACCAGGAGGGCAACGUCAUGUCAUGCAACGCUGAGGCCUACAGCCUGCCCGCCAGCCUCAGCAGGGGGGCUCUGAUCGCCAUCCUGGCCUGCAUUUUCGUCUUGCUGGUGAUGAUCCUGCUCAUGCUUUCCCUGCGGACCCAUCGUAAGAAGCCCUACCUGUGUGACGAGGAGGAGAACGUGCAUGAGAACAUCGUGCGCUAUGACGAUGAAGGCGGUGGCGAAGAAGACACCGAGGCCUUCGACAUCGCCGCCAUGUGGAACCCUCGUGAGGCGCACCACCAUCCGGGCAAGAUGAGACAGGACAUGCUGCCGGAGAUCGAAAGCCUGUCCCGAUACGUCCCUCAGGCAUGUGUCAUGGGCGGCGGCAGCGGGGACAGCAAUGUUCACGGAUACGUGCUGGCGAAGCUCCUGGAAGCCGACAUGGACCCGUGCGCCCCGCCUUACGACUCCCUGCAGACGUACGCUUAUGAGGGGGAAGGCUCUGUCGCGGAGUCCCUCAGCUCGUUGCAAUCUGGAACCUCAAACACCGACCAUGAGUACGACUACCUGAAUGACUGGGGGCCUCGCUUUAAAAAACUUGCUGAGAUGUACGGCGUGCUGGAGACAAACAGUCCUCCACUGUGGUAGGACGAUGGGGCCUUUUCCUUUACAAACGGACGUAUGAAGAGAUUUUUUUUUUAAAAAGACACAGAAACAACCAAGAAGUGACAACAACAAAGCUGAGAUGUAUUCAUGGCCACAUCCAUGACUGUUAGAAAUCAAAAUCCUGCCGAAGCCUCUAUUCUCCACAGCCUUGAAGGCCUGCAGCAGGUUUUAAAUCUACCCCAGAGACGGGCUUCAGAGGCAGGCCGAAUCUGGCAGCCUCUUGGGGGCCAAGCUGAGGAACGGCUUCAAAGCACACGCCAACUUCAACUGCCUGACCCAGCCACAGGCAGAGCCCCUUCGAUUCAAGACGCCGAGCAAUUUAUGCCAGAGAUGGGCUUGAAGAAUCAAAGCGAGGAGUCGUUGCUGCAGUCGUGUUUUUGUUCCAUCCGUGGCAGGUCUUAAUUUAUUUCUUUGUUCCACUUGCUGUAUUUAUAUGUUCUGCUAAGUUAUUUGGGUCCUUCAAGCCGAGACUGUACUUUAAGCCUCUGCCAUGCGAGGAAAUCUUCAAAAGAUCACGCAUACGUUGUAACAUACAUGAUGUAACUGCCUUUGUUUUCAAUCCGUGUGAGAAGCUGCAUCUCUAAAUGUCACAUGACGUGCUGCGGAGAUGGCGAUGUCGUAGUCCCAUGUGGGGUUUCAGAGUUAAUAUGUUUACUGUAUUAUUGUUUUUGUACCAUUUUUAAGCUCUUUGUAUUGUAACUCCAAAACAUAAAGCAGGUAUCCAUUCAUUAGGAUGAGAGGGAAGCAUUUUAUUAAAAAAAUGAAAUAAAAUCUUGGAUUUGUCUUAGUGGAUGUUUAAAUCUCAUCUGAGACAUGUGGCACAGCGGAAAGGACUACACGUGGACAAACGCCCGACCGAGUCGCCUUUCAUUUUGGAUCCACCGCCGUGCCAGCCGGAGUCUGGUGGCAACGAGGCUUGAUCUGUCCUGUUAGAGAUACCGUGUUGCU